ACCAUUUCCUAGUGAUGGGGACAAAAUGAGAUAUUUCAGGACGUUACACGUUUUUUCAUGUCUCUCCUAGUAUUCCCAAAUAUCGUGACGCUGGUCACACUGAUUAUUUUCAUAGACGUUAUUUCGAACAGUUUGUUGAUGUUUAUUGUGAAAUACAUGUAAUAAAGUGGUGAAAAAUGUUACCUUUAUCAUUGUUGAGAACAGCACAAAAUCAUCCUAUGCUAGUUGAAUUAAAAAAUGGUGAAACAUAUAAUGGACACUUAGUGAGCUGUGAUAGUUGGAUGAAUAUAAAUCUCAGAGAGGUUAUAUGCACAUCUAGGGAUGGAGAUAAAUUUUGGAGAAUGCCAGAAUGUUAUAUUCGGGGUAGCACAAUCAAAUACUUACGCAUUCCUGAUGAAGUUAUAGAUAUGGUGAAGGAAGAUGUACAGAUGAAAUCCAGAGGACGCGGAGAAAUGAAAGGCAGAGGGCAAAACCAAAGAGGUCGGGGUACUGGAAGAGGUACCUUUGGUCGUGGUGGAAGGGGUUCUGCAUCUCUUGGUCGUGGCGGAAAUCAAGGUGGAAAUAAAUCACAAAAUAAAACAAGGACUAAAUAACUUGAAAUUUCGUUGUAAAUUAAGUUUAAUAUAGUCCUAUGAUUUUUAUCUCAUUUUACUUGAUUAAUGAAAUUUCUUUUAGUAGUACAACAUUUAGUAUAAAAGUAUUAGUUAUUAUUUAUAAAAGAAAAAAUAUUUAUUUCAUUUACAUAAAAGAGAAGACACGCGUAAAAUCUAAUUUCUUAAUGCUAUUUAUACACACCAGUUUUAGCGACUAAACGUGGAGUAAAAAUUAAAUAUUAUUAUACAGUGAUAACAUGAAUUAUUUAUUAAAAGAAUAAUAAUUCAGCUAUAAUAAUUCGAUUACGUCACUUAUUUUUGAAGUUUGUCAGAUCAAUGGAAAAGAAGUUGUGUAAAUUUAUACAAAAUAUGACUUAUAUUUAAUGCGGAUGCACAAUGAUAAGUGGAGUGUUACAGUUUGUGUACCUGUAAAAAACAUAUUCAGUAAAUCUAUAAUAGAAAAUUAACAACUUAAUCAUACUUACUUGAAUGAAAUUCAUAACUUAUGUUUUGAAAAUGGAAUUAUAUUUAUCGUCCUUCAACUGUAAUACAGAAAAUUUGUUAUUUUCAACAGUUUAAUUACUUUUACUUUAAAACUGUAUACAAUGCACUUACUAUAUGAAGCUAAAUCUAUUUCAUCCGGUAAUUCUGUGAUAUUAACAUCAAAUCGUUCUUGUACGUCAUUUAAUAUUUUAGCGUCACUUUCAUCACUGACUAAUGUAAUUGCAAGACCCUGUAAACAGGAAUAAAAUGUUAAUAAAAUAAUGUACGUAUGAAGGAAGACAAA